AUGUGUAAGAACACUAAGCUUACACACUUGAUAUUUGCUGAUGAUCUGAUGUUAUUCUGCAAGGGUGACUUGGUUUCAAUUCAGAAAAUUGUGAAAGCUAUUAAACAUUUUAGUGCAACAACUGGGCUUGUAGCAAACUUGGAGAAUUCCAACAUCUAUCUAGCAGGUGUUGAAGAUGAUGUUAAGCAGCACAUACAUAAUAUGACAGGGUUUACUCUUGGCUCCUUACCUAUGAGAUAUUUAGGUCUGCCUCUAUCAUCAAGGAAGUGGAACAAACUUGAUUGUCAUCAGGGGUGGACAAAACUACUAGUCGAAUCAACACAGGAAACAGAUAGAAAGUGUAAGGAAUAUCUUUGGGGUAAAGCUGAAAGUCACAUAAGAGUUUACUUGGUGACUUGGUCAAGAGUUUGUUUACCUAAGAAGUUUGGAGUUCUGAAUAUCAAAGGCUGUGAAGACUGGAACAUUGCAUCUAUUGGAAAACUGUUGUGGCAGCUAGCUACAAAAAGGGAUGUCUUGUGGGUGAAAUGGGUCAAUGAAGUGUAUGUGAAAAUCAAUGGUAAUGAUGAUCUUAUGGUUGGCCAACCAGGACAGGCUGCUUACGAAGGCAAGAUUAAUGAGGCUGCAGGUUCUUAUCUCUGGGAAUUCUGA